AUGACGGAUUCUACGGCGGAUAACAGCCUCACCAACGACAAAAGGACGAAGAAGCCCCGGCAGCGGACCGAGAGGAAAAAGAUCCAGGAUCGCCUGGCCCAAAGGGCUACCCGCGAGAAGACCAAACAGCGGAUUGCUGCGCUCGAAGAGGCUCUCAGCAGCCUCAAGUCCGGCGAUGAUGCGAGCCGCACAGCCUCACUGACGUCGACCAUCGCAAACCUGCGAAAGAACAACCACCGGCUUCAGUAUACGCUUGACAAAAUCCAAGCCAUGAUUAGCCAAGUCGUGCUCAUUCCUGAAGGCAACGACGUCGACGCCGACGCCAAACCAGACUUCAAGCCUUGGGCUAGCGGCCUCAAAGAGAAGACUUCCAGAUCCGAAUCGGCCACAGCUCUCAUUCCCGAAAUCGAGCUUGCCGGCGCUGCUCUUGCCGAGAGUGACCCCUUUGAAUUCGAACUCCCUGAAACGACCUCGAUAACACCUUCUAGUCCCCAUGUAGCCGUGUCUGUUCCUUGGUAUGGGGCCUGUGUGGCUCCAACAAUGGGAGCUCUCGAAGACGAUGCUGGCAAGGAGAGUGGUUUUGCAGAAGGCAUUCCCCUAGAUCAGGUCCUGGAAGUCGGGGUCACCACCGUCUCUGCUCGUGACACCACAGCAGCAGCUUGGGGCGGCGGCGUGGACCAUUUCGAUUCCGACCUCCACCGCAACCACCACCACCACUACUACCACAACAACAACAACGACGACUACCUCCUUGACGUUUUCGACCAGACAGGCUUCGGCGGUUGGGGUUCCUACGAGCCGACACUCUUCAACACCCAACUGCCGCCAACCAAUCUCGAGGUCACGAAAAGGAUCGCUCCAGACGCCGAAAAAUGGUAUGUUAGCAACUCAGCCUACAAUAGGGCCCUGGACUCGGUAAAGAGGCGGGGCAAGUCAGCGGCGACCAUGGAUUUUCAGACAGCCUUUCAAGCCAUGCUAUGGGGAUGGCAGAACGUCGGCCGUGAAGCUGAGCAUCCCGUGUGGCAUGCUUUGCGAGAGGUCGACCAGCGAAUCUUUGGCACUUGGACAUCAAUGGCUCAAAGGAUGGCCAUGAUGUACGUCUGCCAGACCUUGAUCCAGUAUCGCGAGAAUCCGGCGCCGGAGAACCUCAGGCGAGUCCCUGGCUUUUUGCGACCUAGACCUGCGCAGGAACGACUGGCCCACCCCGUCGUUAUCGAUUUUCUGAUAUGGCCCGGCAUGCGCGAUCGCAUGAUUUUUGAGCAUGAAAAAUACACGGCCACGGGUGUCUUCUCUGCGGCAUACGUCGAAAAUUUCUCCUUCUUCUGGCCUUAUUCCAACAAGGAGAUAUUUGUUUAUGACCAUCUCCGCGAUCGACACGAUUUCAGCCCCGUCUUCCUGCAAUACGUGUAUAAUUAUGAGAACUGGACCAUGAAGCCAGGAUUUUUCGAAAAGUAUCCGGAGAUGCGGUACGAUGUCCCCGUUCUCGAGAGGAAUAUAAACAUCAUGAGAUCUGUGGCUUCUUUCUGA